UCUUCUAGGUGAUCACAGUCUGCAUGUUCCUCCUGAAGAAACUGUACGAGUUCCCUGAACGUGGUGUUUCUUUGGCUUCUUGCCACUUGCUUCAAACUCUUGUUUUUCAAUCCUCCAAUGAAGUGGCUUCUCAAACAGUUUUCUGCAUACGAGAUCUCAGUUUGAUUAUCUCCCUGCAUCUCCUCGAUACUCUCAUAAAUGUGUAAUGCUCUGUUGGCAUAUGCUGUAAAAGACUCUGUCUGCCGCUGCUCAAAUGUCUCCACAUUCUGUUGUAUAUCCCCACUCGAGCUUUUUCUGCUAAACUCCCGUUUCAGGUUGUGAAACAUGGCCUCCCAUGUAUUUGCAGUAUUUUGUUGAUAGAUCCGGAUGCUUUUCCCUUCAACUUCAUUAAUACUAUAUUAAAUAGUGGUCUUUCGCUUUCUCCCUCGGGUAUGUCAUCUGCGAGAUAUUGCAUCUUGCCCAAAAACGGCUCUAGUUCGUCAGCGUUACUCUGGUACUCAUGAAUACACUGUAUCACCUCCUGCAUCGGAAAUUUAUAUUCUCUGUUUACGCCCUGCAUUAUGUCUUCUUUAUCUUUGUUAUUUCCACUUUAGCUGCUACUGUUACCUUGCUCGCGUUGCAAUUUCUUACUUCCACCACCUGACUGAGUUCUACGCCGUCCUAUUAGCGUCUCUUUCCUGCUAAUUUCCCCAGAUAUGCUUCCUCUGCGUGUUGCUAGGCGAUCUGGAUUUGGGUCUAUUACGAUUGAACCGCCCAAUAUCUUUACCGAGGAGUUAUACUUCACCUUUAUAAUACUGUAUCGAUCUGUUAAAUUAUUCCAAUCAUCAAUUGUUAGGCGAAAUUCGCAACGUUCCACUAGAUUGGCAUAUUCCUCUAAAGCCUCUUUCAGCGCUUGAGUUUUUUUAUAACACGCCUUGUUGUGUUCUUGGUUGUGUUCUGUUUUUGUUUACAUUAACGUGUUUUCUACUUAUAUACUCUUCGAUUUCGCUCAGUCUGUCCAUUUGCGAGGAUACCCUAAAAUUUCUCACGAGUCCUUGCUAUAGACCUACAUUUCCUUCAUCAAAAUUCCCAAACCGACACAAAAAACACACAUCUGGCGAAAAGUGUAGUGGUUCUCUAUACUUGUUUACUUCACCUGAAUCAAAUAGCUUUCUUAAUAAACUUUAAAAGAAACCAGUUCCACAAUAAGUAUACCGUCAUAUAUACGUCCGAGAUAAAAGAAUAAUGUGUUGGUCUAUUGAUUGCCGCCUUGAAGCCAAACAAUGCAGAUACUUGUUUUUUCAGAUAUUCUUCACCUAGGUCAGACAAGGCAGAUACAGGCUAGAUGGAGCCGUUUGAUUCUUGUUGCGGUAUGCGUGCAACUUGUAUUAAUGUUGCGAUAUGCGUGCAACUUGUACUAAUGACGUCGCGUCACGUGUACUGAUUCCAUACUUUCUUUCCCUCACAAAAUUGCCAACUGUUGUCCGAAAACCCAACAUACGUGUACGAUCCACUUAUAUUAGAACCACUGUACCAAUGCUUUUGAUUUUAAUACAAGAUCAUACCCAGACAAGAAUAAUUCCGCUAUAAGGGUCGACGGCAUAGGUUGCAACAAAACAUCUUACCAUACUCGUGGUUGAACGUUAUUAUUUACCGUACGCGACUCAAAGUCAAUGUCGGCUUAUUAUUAUUAUUGUCAUAUACCACUUCUUUUCCCCGUACUUUGGUGUGUUGCUAGCAACGCAUUUUGCUGUAGGCUCCGCUCAUGCGGGUUGGUUCUCCAUCUUUUUAAAUAACGUUGACGAAUUUGCUGACUUGCUUUGCUACCUUUGCUUCCUCGCAAAAUGCUGCGUCAAAAUACCGAUUCACUCGCUCACACGCGUAAGGUUCGGUUGACCCCCCUCGCAGUCACCUUGAUUUUAUAAACAUAUUAACAAUGUCGACUGUUUUGCUGGUCGCGGUUUAUUGUUCAUUUAGAGAGGAAAAAAAUAAAAAAAUAAUCUUCAACCUUAACGCCAGAAUGGCCACUACAAAAUUUACCCACGGAUUUUUUUUCCAUUAGUACAUGUGUCCCUAGUACAUGUGUUCCGUGUUGACCGUGGUGUUUACGUUUUUAACAAAUAAAAUUCAAACGAAGUCUCUACGUUUGUUUCUCCUAACGAACAUGAAACUUGAUCGAGCUCAUGCCAGCUCCGAUCAAAGUAAAUAACGAUCACCAAUUUUACUUUACUCGCCCUAUUAUAAUUAAUCCGUUGAUCAUAAUUUUUGGCUAGAAUUUUUUUCCCUCUAACACUAUUGGCUUUUCCUUACCGCUUUUUUUCUCCCCGCGGCCAGCAUCGCUGUCACCAGAAUGAUUAGCAUGUAUUCUGCCGCGCAGUCCCAUCGUGCAAUGAAUAAUAUUUUUAUUUCGUCCUAAAAUUUUACUGGCUACGCUCUAAACUAUGACGUCCGUGACUUGCGACUACUCUCCGCGAUCUGUUUGAAACUGACUAACUGCUAACUAUUCCCAACUAGGGGUUUUAAAGCUCCUAACAUUUACUUUCGGGUAAAGCCCGAAGAUCUUAGUACAAGCUGAACUUGCGAUUUUUAAGUCGGAGGUUCAUCCGACUUUCUCCCGAAGUUUUACCGAAGAGCUGAGACCACUGUCACUAUAUCAGUGGCAGUUACUACGGUCCGUGAAAAAAAACUUUGUUUUUACAAUACUGCUGCGCUGACUAAUGCCCGGAACUGUCUAUGUUUUUAUAACAAAGUUUCUACAACAUCGUUGCGAUGAAGCUGAUGUGCGAGUUUGCUUGACGAGUUUCCUUCACAAAUUCCUACUGUUCUAAAAUAUUGGCAAAUUCAAAGAAAAAUUUGCUAAGGGCGCUGCACAGGCUGCUCCUGUACUCCCGAACUAAAAAAUAUGUAUAAUUGUGACAGUGAGGGUGUCUCGGAGGAAGGUGAAGUUCCAAUUAACGAAGAACGUUUAGCAACCGAGUCUGAGCCCGAUACUUCCAUCUCCCCCUCCGAUACUUCCAUCACCCUCUGAGAUAUUGUCUUCUCGCCGAAAAGUUUAACAAGACGAUGGCUCGGGAGGUCCGUGGGCGGUAAACUUUCGACCCAUAUCGAAGUCUCCCAGAAUCCUGGAUAUUACCCGGGUCCUGACAAAGCCCUACGCGGCAAUAAAAUCAAUUGACAAGGUUUCGCCGAACAAGUUACGCGUUGUUGUGGCCGACCUGAAGCAAGCAAACGAGAUUGCUACCAACGAGUUGUUCACGAAGGAGUGCCGCGUUUACGUCCCGUCUCAUGUGGUGGAGAUCGACGGUGUGGUCUUUGACGAAAGUCUGAUGAUCGAAGAUCUGAUGAAGAACGGGGUAGGUGAAAAUUUUGGAGUGCAAGAAAUUCGGUCUAUCGGUGUGCCCUACGUACAUACAGAGUGAGCCAAAUUUGAAGCAAUCGGUGAAAGCACGCUCUAAUCUUUCCUACGGAAAUCCUAAAAAGCAAACCCGUUUGCACUCUUGCCAGUUGAAGAGGAUACCUCUGACGACACAGGCGAAGGACCUUUUUAGACGCAGGUUGAAAAAUGCAGGAAAAUACAAAAUCUGGCUUCUCCUAAGCUUCCGCGUAAAGUCCUCAGACUACCCUCUUCGUCACAAAAUGAUCAAACAAAAACGAAGAGAACUUACUCAAAACCGAAACAAAAACCUCCUGAUUUCAAAAAAGCUUAGCAUUUCCAGGGACAUAAAAAACCCUAUGACCCCAAGCCUCCUAACUGCUUUUCUACCAACAUUAAGGACGCCUGGAUCGGUAAGACUCUUAAGGAGGGGUAAUUUUAGGGAUCAAAAAGUGCUAUUCAUUUUACCGUAUUAACCUUCCAUCGACACCGGAAACUAAAGUUGUCGUUUGACAAAUUAAUAUUAAAGGCAAAGAUCUAUGUACAGCUUCCGUCUAAAUUCCUCCCAGAGCCUCGAUAAGGUAUCGACGGCUUGCAGACAUCAUAGAACUUCUUCCUUCACCGCGACUGGUUUUAGGGGACCUUAAUUCGCAUGGUACAGGCUAGGGCUGCUUAUACGAUUAUAACCGUUCUCGUUAUUCAAAGAUCUGUGUGACAACUUCAAUAUGACAAUUCUAAACACGAGAGAAAUGACACGGAACCCUAGACCUCCAGCAAAACCAAGUGUGUUGGAUUUAUCCCUUUGCUCGACCUCGCUACAGUUAGAUUUCAAGUGGAAGGUAAUCUGUGAUUCUCACGGUAGCGAUCACUUGCCGACCAUGGUCUCAAUCGCCAACCGCAUAAGGCUACCGGAAACAAUCAAUGUUUCGUACGAUCUUACUCGAAACAUUGCUUGGAAAAGCUACGUGAACUCGAUAUCGGAGAAACUAGAAAAAUCAAACGAGCUUCCUCCGAAAGAAAAGUAUACACUUUUGGCUGGCUCUAUUCUCGACACCGCCAUUAAGCACAGAAGAAACGAGUACCCAGCGCGCGAACUAGCAUUCAUUCUCCCAAUGCAUGGUAGGACAAAGGGUGCUCAGAGCUGAAAACGAAAAAAGUUGCAGCCUUCAUCUCGUUCAAAAGGAACGGAACCCCAGAUAAUUAUCGGAAAUACGCGGCGUUAGAAUUUCAAAUAAAAAGUAUGAUUAAAGCUAAGAAACGUGGUUACAGGCGAAGGUUUGUUGAAGGAUCAACGAGAAAAACAUGCGCAAUCGAAAUCACGGAACGAAAGCGAGCAAUAUUCUAACCGCUGGAUAUUCGAUUUCGUUAAAAAAGUAUGCCCGACUAUGUUCCGCAACAGAAGAUAUAAUACGUCAAAUCAUCGAAUUCGAACGAAACGCCGUUUUCAAUGGCGGAGUUUUCACUUGCGCUCUUUCGUGUAACAAUAAAGCCCCAGGGUUAGACAGAAACUUGCUGGAAAAUGUGCUUGACUCUGUUGAAUUUAUUCAACACCUUGCAUAAGGGAAACAUUAUACCACACGAUUGGAGACAAGUGAAGGUUAUCACUAUUUAAAAACCAGCCUCCGAGCACAAUUCGUAUAGGCCGAUUCCUAUGCUUUCCUGUAUUCGGAAAUUAUUAGAGAAAAUGAUUCUCUUCCGCCUAAACAAUUGGGUCGAGUCAAAUGCAUUGCUUUCAGAUACACAAUUUGAAUUCCGCAGGGACAAAGGAACGAAUGAUUGUCUAACGUUGCUCUCAACAAAAAUUCAAAUGGAAUUUUCUCGUAAAGAAAAAAAGGCCUCAGUUUUCUUCGACAUCAAGGGGGCAUUCGAUUCAGUUUCCAUCAAUAUUAUAUCUGAAAAAUUGCAUCAGUAUGGUCUUUUUCUAGUUUUGAACAACUUUUUAUAUAAUCUACUGUCCGAGGAACACAUGCGUUUAAAGCAUGGUGAUUUGACGACAUCACGAUACAGCUACAUGGGUCUUCCUCAGAGCUCAUGCUUGAAGUUGUAUAAAUAUUUCGAAAACAACAUUGAUGAAUGUAUCAACACAUCCUGCAAGCUAAGAAAACUUACUGACGACAGCGUUGUGUCUAUUAUAUGUCGAUCUCCAAGGACAAUUACAAGAUACCCUCGACAACUUGUCGACAUUGGCUCUUCAAAUGGGUAUCGAGUUCUCUGGUUGUAUUUGCAAGGAAGCGAGAACCAGAACAACUACUGCUUUAACUAAAGGGUGAAACCAUAGCUCAGGUCUUCAAAUUCAAAUAUCUCGGGGUCUGGUGCGACUCCAAAACACCUGGGGACGCCACAUUAGGUAUCUGAAGCAAAAAUGCCAACAGAGAAUCCUCUUUUAUCGUACAAUAACCGGAACUUGGCUAGGCUCUCACCCAGGAACACUGAUCAGGUUGUACCAAACAACGAUAUUGUUCGUAGGGGAAUAUGGAUGUUUCUGUUUCCGCUCCGCUGCGCAGAUUCAUUUCAUUAAACUGGAAAGAAAUCAGUAUCGUUGUAUGAGGCUUGAAGAACUGGCGGGCGUCUUACCGUUGAAAAACCGAUUCUGGAAUCUCCUAUAUCGGCUGCUUAUCCGAUGCGACAUCUUGAAUCCGAUGGUGAUUGAAAACUUUGAAAAGCUUGUCGAAAUUAAUUCUUGGAUCCGUUAUAUGUCCUUGUAUUUUGAAUACAUUGCUUAGAAUAUAAAUCCUUCUUCGUUUGUUCCAAACCAUGUUCAUUUAGUGAAUACUUGUAAUUCUACUGUGUUUUUCGGCACACCUAUGAAAAAAGAAAUUCGUGGUAGUCCGGAUCCUGUACGCCCUCAAGAGAUCAAAAAAAAUUUAAUAAUAGGUUUAAAAAAGGUGGGUGGGUAAUGUCAGAGACAUAACUGGAUGUCGUGAAUACGAAAAAACUGAUACGCUCCCAUCACUUUUCCGAAUAUCAGUUAGUUGAUUGAUUGUAUGAAUUGUGCAAGCUUUCCUCUUUUCCACUAAUAGAGUUUGAAGCGAUGCACCUACAUUAAAAUACAGAUUAGUUACAUUAAACAGCUACUAUUCUACAACUAUAUAUUCCAAACUUGAAACAAUUCUUUCAUAAUUUGCUAAUAUAGCAGGCUAGGUACGACAAAUUUGUAGUUUAUUUUUAUUGAUGCUACAAAGUUCGAAGAUAUCUGAUUCUUCUCGAAAUUUCAGUACGAGACAAUUGCAAUGGGCUGGUCUGAAAUGUAUCGACGAUCUUCGGUAUGCAAGAGUUAUUCUAAUAAUAAUAAUGAUAGUAAUAAUAAUAAUAAUAAAAAUAAUAAUAAUAAUCAUAAUAAUAAUAAUAAAAGAGAUUAACCUUUUUAUAUGGCAACCCUGUUUCGCAUGGCAUAUUUUUACACGGUCCCAUACUAGUAUAAAAAUGUGUUCAACAUUCGCUUUCGCAUUGCCGUUCGUAAUUGAAUGUGUUAGUGACGGUACAAAUCUGCUUUUCUACCUGUUUACGGUGCCAUCGUUCUGACGGUGUCUCGUACGUACAGAGUAGCUGCUUUAACUCAAAUGACGCUAUUUCUCACAUCACAUUUCAAUUUAUACUGGUAGCGGUGUACGGACCUCCCCUUCACAGAACGGGAAACAGUGAGACGAUAUAAAAGAGAGAGUUAGUAGAGCGGCAGUCAGUAAUACUGAACUGGCUGUCUAACGGUUAACAGCUUCUUGUGGAAUUUUCACGCGGAAACACGCACACAGGAGGAACAAUUAAGGGCAAGGCAAAGUCCCGCUCGAACCGUGCUGGUCUGCAGUUCCCAGUUGGCAAAAUCUCCAUCGUCUGCUCCGGAAGGGAAACUACGCAGAGCGUGUCGGUGCCGGUGCACCGGUCUAUCUGGCGACAGUGAUGGAGUACUUGGCUGCCGAAGUGUUGGAAUUGGCUGGUAAUGCUGCCCGCGACAACAAGAAAACGAAAAUCAUCCCUCGCCAUCUGCAGCUGUCCAUCCGUAACGACGAGGAGUUGAAAACCCCGUCCUUUUCAGGACGACCACAUAACUGUGAUAAAGAAAUAUUUAGGAUUGCUUUAAAUUUAGCCAGUUCUGAUACGCCUAGAAAGUAGAAUGCGCAAAUCAAGUGAAAACAUUUGUUCUAAUAAUUUGUAUAAAGUAUACUAGUAUAAAGAUGUUUCUAAAUCAAAAUUUUCUGUUUCGUAUUGCGAGACAGCGUUACUGUCCUGUCGUAAUUGAAUGUGUUAGAUAUCAUGAUCAAAAAGCGCCCCAUACUAAAGAAUUCACGACAAAAAAAAUACAUAUUGAUCUGUACGUGGCAACUCUUUCGCACGGCAUAUUUGUGUACUAGUAUAAAGAUGUAUUCAACAUCAUCACUUCCUCUUUCGCAUUGCCGUUCGUAAUUGAAUGUGUUAGUGACGGUGCAAAUUAAUUUAACUUCUCGUGUGUGCCUUGUUUCGGCAACAGUUGCUCGGAAAAUGGUAGGAAAGCGAUAAAAUUCAACUAAUUCUUUAUGAUUAUUUUUAGCACUUAAAAGUGCUAUUUGAAUUUGCUGGAAUUUUCGGCUGCCUUUCAGAAUUCCUUUCCUGUACGCAGAACGGGAAACAGUGAGACGACAGGUCCACGAUGUUGCUCUCGUGUGUCUUGUUUCGGGAACAGAUGCUCAGCAAAUGGUAGGAAAAAUGAAGCACUCAACUUUUAUAUGGAUGCUCUUGUAUAGAUGCAGACAUCUCGCGUUCUGAUUGGCUGGUGCUGUCAUGGGUUAAAUCAAACAGGUUUUUCAAUAGUAUACUAUUGAAAAACUUCAAUGUUGUUGCAAUACACGUUCAAGUUGAAAAUUUUCGAUUCUAUUGGUAGUUAGAUUAUAUAAAUCCUUCUACAGAUCACUGAGCUAUGAGCUUCCAAAAUACGAGAAAGGCAAACGCGCCAUAUGAAUUAUCCUCUUUGACACUCGUUUGUACCAAACAUUUAAGAAAAGUUUAAUUUUGAACUAUUUAAGAUUAUGUCACACAACUGAAAAUUUUAUCAUAAAAUUGUGAUCAUAUUUCCGAUGGCAUGUUGCAAGAAUUAUGUUGAUUCAUUAGAUACAACAGAAGAUAUUCACGAUCAAAAACUUAUCACUCUCUCAGAGGGUAAAUUUUGAAAAGGCGCCCCAUAGUAAAGUAAGUCGUAUUCACGACAAAAGUUGACUGUAAUAAAAUGUUUUGCACUGACGGAUCACAUUUCGACGGGUCCACCGGCUUUGGUAUAUUCAAUGUAAAUUUCCUAUAAACUCAGUGAUCCAGCGUUUCCUAUAAACUCAGUGAUCCAGCUUCAGUUUACGUCGCAGAACUAGCUGCAAUUCAGUAUACCCUUGAGAUCAGUGACACUAUGCCCACAGAUCACUACUUCAUUGUACCGGACAGUCUCAGCUCCAUUGAGGCUCUCGUUCGGUGAAGCCUGGAGAGCACUACCGUAUUUCCUUGGGAAAAUACGGGAACAUUUGAGUGAUCUGCAAAAUCAUACCAAAUUACCUUGGCUUGGGUCCUCUCAUAUUGUUCCAUACGGAGCAAUGAGAUGGCGGACUCGAUAGCCAAGGUGGGCGCUCUAGAAGGUGAUAUUUAUGAACGACCAAUCUGGUUCAAUGAAUUUUUCAGCUGCUGUCGUCAGAAAUCUCUCGGCAGCUGGCGAAAUACAUAGAAUAGUGGUACUCUGGUACGAUGGAUGUACUCAAUAAUUCUACAGGUAUCAACGAAAGCUUGGUUCUGGGUCAAGGUUUAUGUCGAAUCAUUAUAUGUUCAGUGCGCAUCUCCGUCGUGCUAGGCUCGCUGAGAGUAGUGUCUGCGUUUGUGGUGAGGGUUAUCAUGACAUCGAGCAUGUUGUUUGGAUGUGUGUCGAGCAUUGUGAUGCCAGGUCUCAACUCACAGGUUCCCUUCGGGCGCGCGGUAUACCACCCUUCCUUCUAGUCCGCGACGUCUUGGCAACUCAAAAUCUUCCUUAUAUGACUCACAUCUACAACUUCUUGGAAACUAUCAAUGCUCAAAUUUAGUUCUAUUGCACUCUUCUUUACGUUGCUGAAAUUAUGCUCUGUAUAAACUAUGCUUCGGAGCAUACGCCUAACUUGAUCUGAUUGAGUUGCUGGAAACUACGCCACCUCAGCGUAAGAGCACACCAACAAGUCAUCCCAGCCAAGGAUAAUCUCUCUUGUUACAAUCUGGAGAACGGUAAGAUCUAGGAAACUCAUAGUGUAUCUAAGAGAUUCGUGCCAUAACCGAAUGAUAUGUUUAUAUUUCCCACCCUCCUUACAUUCCUUUACAAACUCUAGGGGGAUAUGCCGCCUCUUAAUACCGCUUUCCUUCUUAUCCUACAACAACAAGACAAUCGAAAAUGAAAAUGAGCCAAAUAAAUUUUAUUUGAAAAAAAUAAGCUUACUUACAGUACUAAAUCAAUUGAAGCGAGAACGCCGAGGCAACGUGACAUCUGAGGAUCUUGUGAAAAAAAGUAUAUGGGAUGGUAGUGAAUCAUGUUAUCGUAUAUUAAUUUAUAUUGCGUUCUAUUUUUUAUAAUUAUCAAUAUUAUUAUUAUUCUUAAUAUGAAUAUUGUUAUUAUUAUAAUAAUUAAUAUUAUUAUUAAUUUUUUUUAUUCAAUAUUAUAAUAUAAUUUUAAGGCACACUGCUUAAGCUCUAAGAUGCCAAUGGUAUUUAAUAAUCUUAAUUAAGACUUACUUAAAACUAGAAUAGUAUCAUUAUGUAAUGUAGUAUCUGGGUAGCAGAUUCUCGAGAAUUCAGCUCUCAGCUGGUUAUCGGCAGUGGCCGGUGAAUUGAAUAUUGCAUGAGGGUCUUCCAUAUGGCGUUGGCGAAUAUCCAUGUUGGCCGCAUCCUUCGGUCCGUGUGGGUCCGCGGGAAACACCCCCAGGCUUCGAAGGCCCGGCGGGUGGCCCGCAUGGUGGUUUUCGACUGGAGCGGUCUUCCGUGGACGAUGAUGGUGAUGUUACGGAAGAGAAUGAAAAUAUUGUGGAAACGGGGUAACAAGGGGAUGUGAGAACAAAAUGUCUGAAAACGAUAGAAAUCUGAUUAGUUUCCAUCGAGAUUGUGAAGAGACAGGCAAGGGGGAACAGGGACCUGGAUCGAGAGAAUCGGGCGGAUGUUAGUGUCGAACCUGUAGGUGGAGAUUAUACUUUCUGAGCGAGGAAUAACACAUUACACCUGUAUAUCAAUGUGUUUAAGGUACUGGUAUAUGAGAAGCAUACAUAAACUAUCCCAACUCGCCAACACAUCUCGAACCGGAACCUCAGGCGGUCUACCUCGAGCCCUAAGGGAUUCCAGUAGCUUCGACCUGGCGUCACGAUACUCUACGCACGACAUGCUCGAUGUCCUGAUAACCGUCGCCACAGGUGCAGAGACAGCUCUCCGCGAGCCCAACACGCCGCAGAUGUGCGUUGAAGGUGUAGUGAUUUGAUAUGAGCCGCGACAUAACAAGAAUGAAAUCGCGACUUCCCGUGAACCAAGGUUUCGUCGAUACCCUAGGGAUAAUGGAAUGUAGCCAUCGUCCCAGUUCGCCAUUGCUCCAUGAAGUUUGCCAAGUUUCGAGUUUUCUGACGAGAGAGCUGAGCUGAAGUAGAUCGCCCGUGGUUGCACUUCGUUAUUGACCGAAUGAGUGGAGAUGCACAAUGAACCAAGAAAAUGAAGCUUGAGAGAAGCAAAUCAUUUUCACUGUGCAUACCCACUCACUCUAAGCUUUUCAUCAAAUGGUCAAUAACGACGCCGGCCACGACCAAAGGCUGUGCUACUGAGGAAGGGAAGGAAUGUUAGUCCGAUACUCGUUGUUUCUAGAGACCGCGGGUACCACUGUAUCUCCACGGGCAUCACGGGAUAGGAGAUGUGUUAGUAGGGAGGAAAAGAGAUCCGGAUGUGUUUUGGUUAACAAUAUUAUCUCAACAAAAGCUGAUUUCCUAUACGAGUUUCCAUUUGCUCAUUUUACACCUUUUGGAUUAUCCCCCGCCCCAUAUAGUCAUCGUAUAUUUUUAUAUCAAUGUUGAAGUCAUCGCCCGUUACCCAAUAUGAGGAAACGUAUCUUAGUUCCUGGUUAGGUUCCGAUUCAAUGCUGCAAAUCCCGAGAAGAGAAAUGUCAAUCGGCUCGUGAUGAAAACGAAGCGAUUUUGUUGUGUGGUUGAGUAUUUAGCGACGCCAAUCCGCACAACCGACUCACCCGUAACAACACUUCAAUUCAAUAUGCUCACCUCACCCCACCCCAGUACACAACUGAAGCGGUUGUGCAAAUUCACUAGGGAGCAAGAUUCGAUUAUUUUUCUCUUUGCUCAGAUGUCCUUACCCUUCGGAUGUGGAGUGCUUUGCCACUGAACCAAACCACACGUGCCAAACAACCCACUUUCUAGUAAAAACGAGUACAGUACACUUGAUUCGGUCAAGUGUUAUGUAAUCUAAACGUGUAUGGAGAUCAAUGUGACUCUCGUAAGGAAUUCAUACAAAGUCCAAAAGCAACGAUACAUCUUAUCGUUCUGGUGUACAUUUCAUAAAAAUCUAGCCACCAAUUAUCCACUGUUUUUACACUUAUUUUGAAAGGUGAAAUUUUCGUGAAUUUCAUGCUUUCUUCAUGUUGUGACAGUUCAAGUGCUUUACCCAUGAUGCCAACGUGCAAUUUUUUCAGUGUACCUAUGGGUGAGAGUGAGCCAGAAUUGUCAUGUUGUUCAAAAAUCCUUCUCUGACUUGAAAUUUAUCUGGGUUUGCCUGUGUCUGGCAUUUGCCAAAUACAUCUGGAAAUCUGGCAACGCUGAUGUGAGCUGUCAGAAAUCCCUUUUUUCAUUUCCCUCUUUCUUUUUUGCUUUUUUUCUUCGUUGCCUCCAUUUCAAUUGUUUGAUGCGCUUUCAAAAUAGGAUAGAAAGAUUUGAGUAGUGAACGUGAAGAAUAUUUUGACUAAGUGACAGGUUACAACUGAUGUGUAAUUAGAUGUAAAGAGAAAUCAAGCCAAGAAGCUACAGUUUCUGUUCCUUUUCUUGCAGUUAUUCGUAGCAAUCGCAUUUUUAGUGGCCUUCAAUUUGUCUCAAACUUGUUAAUAGGUUAUCAUGGAACAUAUUUUUGAUGCAGACGGCAACAUAUACUGGGUACAAUGCAUCCCUGGUGAUGGAAAUUGCUUGUACGGCUCUCUUGUCCAUCAAAUCUAUGGAGUUUCGCCGGACAAUACCUUAUUCAAACGCUAUAUUGUUCAGUUGAGAGAGUCAGUUGUUUCUGAAAUAAAACGGAAUUUACAUCUAUACUAUGCUUCUCUUUCUAUUAACGCUUGUGAAGUAAUAUCUGGAAAUUUAUCUGAAUCACAGAAAGUGGAAGAAUAUUUACAACAGCUCUUAUGUUCGGGCUUUUGGGGCGGAGAGGAAUCGCUCAGUGCAAUCGCAAACCUCCAUCAGAUGGGAAUCACUGUUUACCAGGAAAAUUCACAGUUUCACUUUCUACCACAAUCUGGUGUAGAAACAUCUCACUGCAAAGUCUUCUUUAGAGGUCCAGGCGAUAUAAAAAAUCACUAUGAUAGCGUAGUUUGUGUUCGGCCUAAAGAUUUUGCUCUUCACCCUUCUGAUUGUGAUUAUGAAGAAAUCACUAUUGAUGGUGUUAUUCUCAAGGCACAAAGACUGGAGAGAGAUCCGCAAACAUUAUUUUCCGUAAUCGGGCAUCAGCUAACAGGAAUGGUUCUAUCAGACAUGUCCUUGUUUACCCUGCAUUGUUCAGUAGCUGACGAGGUGGAGAGACAACCACUUUCGUUUCUUGAAUCGUGUGGGGUUUUGUGUGCGACAGAAAACAGCUUAUCCACUUACGCAUUCCACCUACGCAUCGGAAGGCACGAUGGAGGAGUGGCAACACUAGUUUGUCUGGCAUCCCUUUUGGGUGUAACUAUAUAUGUUUACAACACAAGAUCGGGUUUGAAACGGCUUGAUCCUGUGAACCGACGCUCAAUUGCAACUAUACAUAUUCUUGAAGAUUUCGAGCAUGAAUACAGCUCGUACGCUAGCGUUUUAGAUGUUCACCCUUGUACCGAUAAUAAUAUCAUUUCGCCUUCUCCAUUCCCUCGUGAUAAUCUUUCCCUAGCUUUGAGUAUAGAGCGUCGUGAGCUCUCGGAACCAAACAUGUGUAUUUCGUCGGAGGUCAAGAUAGAUUCCCGCCACGGACUGCAAUUUGCAUCACUUAACGUUAACGGUUGCAGACAAGAAAAAAAUGUGUAGAGCUGGAUCGUUCAUUGGCUAUUAAGAAUAUCCACAUUGUUGCGCUUCAGGAGGUAAAUUUAGAGUGUGUUGAGACUAUUACACCUAAUUAUAAGUGGUGUCUUAGCUGCCCUCGUUCAAAUAAAAAACGAGGCCUUGCUGUUUUGUUCCGGCAUGGUGUCAACGUACGUAAAAAAACAGCAUUACCACCGAGGUGUAAAUAUUCAAUUUAUGGAACUAACAUAUGAGGUAUGCAAUUUAGCUCCUUUUUCAUUGUAUCUGAUCGAAUCCUUUUCAUUUUAGACCGAUAGGAAAAUUCAAUCGUUAGUUUUAAUCAAUGUUCAUGGGCCUAAUACAAAAGCCAAUCACUUCUAUGCAAAUCUCGGUUGCAUUGUAAAUAUGUUGAAAAGUCGACAGAGACUAAUUAUUGCACGUGAUUUCAACAGUCAGUUAUCUCAUGUAAACCUUUCUCGAGAGGAAUCAGAUCUUAUUGGGAGAUACGCCGGUCAUGAUACAUUCAUUGAUAAUGGAUUACAAAUGCGACUUUUCAUUGAUUUAUAUUCACUCGCGGUUAGAAGCACACUUACUAACGCAAACAUAGGUUUCAAAAGUACCUGGUCCAAUGGACGCAAACAUAGCCAAAUUGAUCACCUUUUAACAUGCCAUAACUCUGCUUUAUUUUUGAGACGUAUGCAAUGUGUUCCUAUACAUUUAAGCGAUCACAAGCUUCUGAUUUGCAGUAUAGUAGAAUACUACCGUGCGAAGCAACCAACAGUGCAAUGUAGAAUACCUGCACAGAUUAAAUGGGAUAUUGAUGUGGGUUUAUUAAAAAACGAGUCGAUUCAGAAAAAAUUCGAAAAUCGUUUGUCUGAAGUUAAAUAUUUUACCACAAAAACAUCUGAUUUGAAUGAUACUUGGUGCCAUUUUAAGCGCAAGUUACAUAGAACGGCAUUAGAAACACUUAAGCCGUCCCGUGUGCCAGCGGAUAGAGAGUGCCGACGUGCUUUAUGUUUCGUAAAAAAUACAAAUUUUGGCACAAUAGAUCGGAAAAUCCUAAGUAUUUUUAUAAGCUGCAGGAUGCUAGGGAGAAUUUUCGUAAAAAAAUGAUGGAGUUUGAGGAAAGACAGAUCAAACAAUUCUUCGAGGAUUUAUCCCAGUAUCGUGCCAGCGAUAGAAUCAAUCGUACUUAUCAGUAUUUGAAAAAUUUCAAAAAGAAAAACCUGUUUUAAUCCACCUAGUUGUGUAAUGAUGCCUUUCUCAUAUCAAUCAAAAUAUCAUAUAUUAUACGGUGGUAUUCUUCAAAAUUAUUUUUCUUCGAUUUUUAAAAGAAUAAUCGAAAUAGAUUUGUUUGACUCUACGUCUACUGAUAAAAACUAUCAAUUGGAAAAGAUUUGAGGUCCAUUUAGAAAACUUUUUACGGUUUUUCGCUCUUUUCAGUGAUGGUAUAAAAUUUUUAGCACACUUUACCCUAUAUUUCCGGAUCCGGAAGUCGGAUCCUGAUGAAAUGCAGGAAUUACGUAUGGAACCACAGGACCUUUCAUUUGAACCUAAGUUUGUGAAAAUCGGUCGCGCCAUCUAUGAGAAAAGUUAGAAAACAUAUUUUCAUUUUUUUGCACAUUUUACCCCAUAAAGUUACACUGAGCUAAAUUUUCUUUUUCACAUUAUAUGAUAUUCUAAUGAUUUUGCACUAUUAGCAUUUCCAAUAAUAGUUACAAGAUGUGUUCAACAUCAUGUCAAAUAUAUGAGAUAAUCUUAUGAAACAUAAAAGUCUUCUUAACAUUAUUUUUACAGGAUUUCCAUAUAAUGAAUGAAAUUUCCAGUCUCAGUCAAAUUUAUUGGCGCGUCUUAUAACCAUUACUAGAUAUCCGAACAACAUACAUUGGAACAAUUUAUGAAGCGCAUAUUAUAUUCAC